UACAUUAGCAUACAUACCGGGCAUUUUACACAAUGUCUGUUCUUUUAACUAUUUUUGCAGGAGGUCUCGUUGCCUACAUACUAAUUUAUUACAACAUUUUUAAAGGAUCAAGAUGCAGAAGUACUGCUGUGCUGAAGGGGAAGACAGCAGUUGUCACCGGUAGUAAUACUGGUAUCGGAAAAGCUAUCGCUUUGGAGCUUGCCAAGAGAGGGGCAAGAGUCAUCCUAGCCUGCCGCAACAAGCAGAAAGCCGAAGCAGCUGCAUAUGAUAUCAGAAGGGCAAGCGGGAACAAUGAAGUGCUUUACAUGCAUUUGGACCUGUCCAGUCUGAAGUCCGUUCGUGCCUUUUCUGAGACCUUUCUCAAAACAGAACCCAGACUGGACCUGCUCAUCAACAAUGCUGGCAUGAUGGGACCUGGCAGAACUGCGGAUGGCUUUGGCAUGGCAUUUGGGGUCAACCACCUCGGUCACUUUUUGUUGACUCUGCUGUUGCUGGACCGUUUAAAGCAGGCAGGACAGAGUCGUGUGGUCAACGUCUCUGCCCUGCUUUAUCGCCUGGGCUCGGUGGACUUCUCCACCCUCAACACCCACAAAGACCUGGUGAACGGACAGUCGACCUAUCACAACUUCAUGGCUUACUGCCACAGCAAGCUCUGCAACAUUCUCUUCACCCGUGAACUGGCCAAUCGCCUGGAGGGUACCAGCGUCACCUGCUACAGUCUCCAUCCUGGUGUGAUCUACACAGAACUGUGUCGUAACAUGAGCCUGUGGCAAAAGCUUCUUAUGAUUCCGUUUGCUAAACUGUUUUUCCUGGAUCCUGAGGGAGGGGCACAGACCACGCUACACUGUGCCUUACAGGAGGGAAUUGAGCCACUCAGUGGACGCUACUUCUCCUCCUGUGCGUUACAGGAGGUCAGUGUCAAAGGGCGGGAUGAUGCGUUGGCCAGGAAACUGUGGGAAGUGAGUGAGAGGUUGUGUGGUUUAUCGUGAGAGAGCUUACACACACACACACACACACACACACACACACACAGUGGAUGGAAUGGCCUGAAAACUGACUCUGACAUGAAACAGCGAGGCCCAGAUAAAGACGUUCACAAACCUGCCUUG